AUGAGGAUGAGGGCCUGUUUCAGGGUUAUUCACUUGAGCAUGGGGGAAACACCCCACCUAAUCACAACGCGGAGGCAUUCCUUAAAGUUUAAACCGGCUGCAAAAUCCAAUGUUCCUGACUACUACAAUGGUUGUUUCACUCUCACUGAGAGUAUGGACAACUUGACAAGUUGCUCAAUCGACUCAGGCACUUAUGAACCCUCCGAGUCAAAGUCAGCCUUUCUUAUGCGCGACCAGCUGCUUUCACUCCUCAACAUCAUGCAAAUGGACCUGUCUCUGCAUCAAUUUGCAUUUCUAGUGUUACAUCUAGAGGCUGGCCUGCAAUUUGCUGCGGUUAGGAGUGUCGUUGGGACAUUAUGGAAGUUGAUUCCAGCAUUCUUGAAACAAUCUGACGACUUCAGAUGUUACCUCGUCUCAUUGGCUCCAUCAUGCAUCCAUCUUCAUAUGGCCUCCCGAUAUCAAUCAUCAACAGCAAUGAUCACUCAUUUUGACAAGCGCGCUGCAUGCAGGCCUGACGUAUGCUGCAGUACGCAUGCAAAGUUUGCUGCACUCAACCUUGACACAGAAGAGGGUGGCACUCGGCAACCACUUUGGAGAGGCUCGGCGACCGCCUCUCAAAUCACUCCAUUUCCAAAUUGAACUUUGCCUUGUUGCACUCAUAUUCUCGCACUGGGACUCGUGGUAUUGUGCUCUCAUUUUGCUUUUAAUGCUAUCUCAGUAUUCUCUCAUUCAGUGAUAUCCUGCUAGUGCAGCAGGUUCCUUACAUUGUAGCGCCUUACAAUACAUUGUACUCUCAUGAUGAUAAUCAAUAUCUGACUUUAACUG